UCCCUGCGCCCAGCAGAUUUAACAGACUAUUUAGGAGCUCUGAGACCAUUCAGUUCUCAGAAAGACGUUUUACUAGUUUCUUUAUGUGUAUAAGUAUAUACAAUCCACCCAGUUUUUUGUUUAGUCUCACACCAUCUAAAGAUAUAAAAAAAGCUUUGUAAAUAAGUUGUAUUAGCUUCCUUUUCCCCAUUCCAUAGAAUUGUUUUAGUAUUGAUGCUGUACAAAGAGUUCAUGCCUUGGGUACGAAAGGAAAGUUCUCAAGUUCUUUCUAUUUUGAUUUGCAUCAAAAAGUCCACUUAAUUUCAGGUUUCACCUGCAGGAGUCAAUCAUUAUGGACUUAAGCCUAUGGUAACAUUUGAAGAUAGGUUGUAAUUCGCUUUCUUUGCUGGGUUUUCUUUUCUAAGCAGGCUCAUUUCUCUAGUUCAGAAACAGCACCCACUUAUCAGUUACCCGUGGACAGUCCUGGUGCCGCCCACCUGGGGCGCCUACGAAUCCUGGGCCUUUGACUGUUGAUGGACGGAUCCGCGCUGCAAGAAGUCUUGCUGCUGUCACCAUUGGGCAUUGGCAAUUGGUUCAUGGGGAACGACGCGGAACCAAUGGGAGAGGUGGCUUAGGAGAGUCCUUGGAGCGCGCGGGAAAGAGACCGAUAUAAACUGUGGCGGGAGAUUAGCUUUUGGGUCCUUGUCCAGUGAAACAUCCUCGACUGGGAAGUUAGCUGGUUCUCUCCUCUCCUCUCAUCUUGUUUGAACAUGGUGCGGACUAAAGCAGACAGUGUUCCAGGCACCUACAGAAAAGUGGUGGCUGCCCGAGCUCCCAGGAAGGUGCUUGGUUCUUCCACUUCUGCCACUAAUUCGACAUCAGUUUCAUCGAGGAAAGAGCAUGUCCUUUGCAACCUGAUCACACAGAUGAUGAAAAAGAAUAGAACUUUCUCAUUCAUCUUUGAAUAACAUCUCCUUGUUUACUCUGGUAUUCUAUAACGUAAAUUUACAUGAAUGUGUUUGCUCCAAUUAGCUUUGUUGAACAGGCAGUUAAUUUAAAAAUUUAGGUUUAAAUUUAGAUUUUCAAAAGUAGCUGUGAAAUUGGAAAAUUUGUAAGACUAAUUAUGGUAGCUUAGUAUUCAAUAUAAUGCAUUAUUUGGUUUCUUUUACCAAAUUAAGUGUCUUGUUGCUAAAAUCAAAUCAUUGCAUUGUGUUCUGAUUAUAAGUAUGCUAUAUUUGAGGUUUGCUUAGAUUGUUGUACUGCUGCCAUUUUUAUUGGUGUUUGAUUAUUGGAAUGAUGCCAUAUUGUGCCUCCUAUUUGCUUUAAAAAGCAGAGUUAGAUUUUCGCAUAUUAAAAAAAAUUCAGUAUUAAUUAAACAUUACUUACUCUACCCUUUUUUCAGCAAGGAGGACAAAGAUGCAAUGUUGAAAAACCUUGGAUGGAUAUCUUCUCUUUAAAAAAAUUUAAAGACAAUUUGGUCUUUUGAGAGUUUAAACGGUUGAUAACACCUCUACAACAACAAUAACAAAAAAGAUAAAAUACUAGGAUAGAAUAAUGGUGGGCACAGUGGCUUCUCAGGAGGCUGAGGAGGGAGGUCUGCUUGAGUCCAGGAGUUGUAGACCACCCCAGGCAACGUAGUGAAACCCUGAAUCUAAACAAAAGGAAAAAUAUGUAUAUGAACAAUAAUAAUAAAUCAGCCCAGCAUGUUGGCACACACAGUAGAACCAGAUUCCAUCUCUUAAAAAAAAGAAAUUUUCCUAGGAUAUGCAUUUGAUUCGCAAUCAUAAAAUAUAAUUUUAAAAUUGGAAGUCAUGUUAUAGCAACAGAAAAAAAAAAAGAAAAAGAAAAAAAUAAAGUUGGAAGUCAAUAUAAUAUGAAAGGCAAAUCAUGCCAUAAAUCCAUAGGCAUGUCAAAAGUCCUCAGAACUGCUGACAUUUUUCAACAUAACCAGAGGUAUAAUUGAAGAAGUGGGUAUAAUAUUCCUCAUCACACUUUUUCCAGUAGCCUGUUGUCAAAACUAAUUAUGUUUUAGUUGGCAUAUUUUUCUGAAAUAUGUUUGUAAUAAAUGCAUACUUAUUUUUAUAAUACA